AUGGACAUUGUACUGGGAAUCAAGGUAUCCGACGGUGUCGUGAUAGCCACAUCCAAAGCUGCCACUCGUGGUAUAUCAAUUUUGAAGGAUACCGACGACAAAACAAGGGACUUGAGUGAUCAUAACUUAAUGGCAUUCACUGGAGAGUCUGGAGACACGGUGCAAUUUGCCGAGUACAUCCAGGCCAAUAUUCAACUUUAUAAUAUGAGAGAGGGCCAUGAAUUGUCUCCCUAUGCAGUUUCUCAUUUUGUCAGGAACACACUGGCUAAAUCCCUCAGAUCUAGGAAACCUUAUCAAGUGAAUGCACUUUUAGCAGGUUAUGACACAGACAAGAAGACUCCAAGUCUCAGUUGGAUUGAUUACUUAGGCACCAAGGCAGAUCUUCCAUAUGCAGCACACGGGUAUGCCGCAUUUUACACGUUGUCUCUCUUGGACCAUCAUUAUAGGAAGGACAUGACGGUGGAAGAUGGUUUAAGGUUAUUGAAGCUCUGUAACAAAGAGUUGAACACAAGAAUGCCAAUUGACUUUAAAGGUUUGCAAGUAAAGGUUGUGAACAAAGAUGGAGUCAAGGUAGUGGACGGAGAAUGGUAA